GGGGCCGGGGCCCGGGCGGGCCGGAGGCCGCCCGGAGCCGCCGUCAAAGCGACGCGGGUGAAGAAGCUGUUCGGCUGGGGCGACUUCUACCUGGGCGUCCACUCGCUCAAGUUCUCGCUGCUGGUGACCGGCAAGAUCGUGGACCACGUGAACGGCACCUUCAGCGUCUUCUUCCGCCACAACUCGUCCCGCCUGGGCAACCUGUCGGUGAGCCUGGUGCCGCCCUCCCGCCGCGUGGACCUGGGGCUGCUGCCGCUGCCGCUGCCGCCGCCGCCGCCGCCGCCUCCACCCCCUUCGCCCCCCGCUCCGCUGUCCCCGCCCGACGCCGCCCCGGCCCCCGCCGAGCCGCCGCCGCCGUCGCCCCCGGCGCCGGGCGGGGUCCGGGGCGAGCCGGGGCCGCUCGCGCCCGCGGGGGCCCCGGGGGGCCGGGACUCGCGCGCCUUCAACUGCCGCGUGGAGUACGAGCGGACGGACCGCGCGCGCCGGCACCGGCCCUGCCUGUACGACCCGUCGAGGCUCUGCUACACGGAGCACACGCAGAGCCAGGCCGCCUGGCGCUGCGCCAAGCCCUUCAAGGUCAUCUGCAUCUUCGUCUCCUUCCUGAGCCUCGACUACAAACUCGUGCAGAAGGUCUGCCCGGACUACAGCUUCCCCAGCGAGCGCCCGCGCUUCGGCUGACCCGACCGAGAGCACCCUGCCCCGGGCGCCUUCCUUCCCCAACGUCCUCCACCCCAGGGCCGCCCGGACGCCCCCCUUCCCCGCAC